CCUCAUUCAAUUCACUCACUUCCUGCCCGUGCACCAAAGUAGCGUCAAUAGAAACCCCUUGUUUCCGAUCAUGCCUUCUUUCAGGCAACGGCUAUUUCUUCGCAAACAUGCCACUCGCAAAAGACUUGUUGCACCCAUCCCCUGAGGAGGAGAAGAGGAGCCACAAGAAGAAGCGUCUUGUCCAGAGCCCGAACUCCUACUUCAUGGAUGUUAAGUGCCCAGGAUGCUACAAGAUCACAACGGUGUUCAGCCACGCCCAGACUGUUGUGCUGUGUGUGGGUUGCUCCACAGUUCUGUGUCAGCCCACUGGAGGCAAAGCACGUCUCACAGAGGGGUGCUCAUUCAGGAGGAAGCAGCAUUAGUUGUACUUCUGAUGCCCCCGUAAAAGCAACUCCAGCCUCGAUACAGCACCCAAGAAAGAUUGAUCCAGAAGUGCUCAUGAUGCCUGGACACCAAAUGGGAUUACUCAUUCAAUGUGAUAGUCCACUUUGUUGCAGUAACUGAACUCUUCAACCAAUCUUUUUUAAUACAAUUGUUUUGGCUAAAGAAUGGGUGGUUUGUACUUUUUUUGUUUCCUUUUCAAUAUUUGCCUAAAUUGGGAUUGAAAUGUUUUUAUCUACAUCAGUUGGGUAAUUCACAUGACAUUUUUAUACAUGUCUGUAGCAAAUUGUGUUACAAAACCAUGAUGUUUGCAAAAAUCAACUAAGGUCAACAUUUUUGUCAAAGUGUCUUAUUUGAAAUUGUACGUUCUCACCUGAAUUUUGUACAUUUUCAGUUUUCAUUACCUUUUUCGGAUUAACUUCGAGUCAUUUAAUACAAUUUUACUUUAGAAUUUUUUUUUUUUUGAAUAAAACUGUUGUAGUUUGUCCAUAAAUAACAAAACGAUAAACUAGUAUAAGUAUACAUUAAACGAUAAUAUUGUCUGUCAACAUGCAUCUCACUUUGGCGUUUUUACAGGAAGUUUAAAAUCAGUUAAGUGUGUAUUCACAUGCAUGAUCAAGAGGAGUAGUCCUUAAAUGAGCACAAGUACAUGUAUUUGCUUGUAAUGCCUUCAGAAUGAGGUUCUUAUUCUCAAACAAUCCCUUUAACCAACUUGGCCUUCUCAAUAACGAAACGGCAAGAAAAGCUCCAAUUAGGAAAGAGUGUGAAUUUCAUUGUGUAAUUUUAAAUUUCGAUAUUUGUAUUUUCAGUUUAAUUCUGGCAUUUUCACAGGGGGAGCAAUGUUCUAUCGGAAAUGGAUUUGUUUACUUUUAUUGGACAAACUGUUGUGGUAAUGAGAAUGUUGUGGAAAUUGGCAACUGCAUAAUCUGAUAAAGGAAAUGGGCAAGUACA